AUGGCAGCAGCAAAUCAAGUUUAUUCAGAUGCCAUCAGAAAAACAUUAGAGGCUACAUUAUGUUUGAGAUCAUUUCCAUCAGAAAUCAUUGAAAAAUAAAGCAAACCAGAAAUUGAAUUGAAUGGUUAUUCAUCAAAAACUAGACAACUAGUUUUGUCCCCUAUAUAUUUGUGUAGAGGUGAAAAAGAAAAAUGCGUUAUUGAACCUUCGAUUAAUUCAACAAGAAUUAGCUUUUCAAUUAAAGCUUUAGACGAUGUUGAUAGAUUAAUAGGCGAGAAAUUCGCCAAGUAUCUAGCCGUGAGAGCUGAUUAUUUUGAAAUUUUGAGAAGGAAGCCAAUCCCAGGAUAUGAUAUAAGUUUCUUGAUUUUAGAUUCUCAUUUAGAGAAAUACAAUGUUCAAGGGAUUAUUAAUUUUAUUAUAGAUUAUGUGGAGAAUAUUGAUAAGGAUCUUAGUGAUAUCAAAUUGAAUAUAAAUACCCAAGCAAGAAUUACAGCUGCUUGCUUUGUAGGAGGUUUGGCAAAUCAAUGA